AUGCCGCUGGUUACCGUGCUCACCGAUGUUGAUGCUGUCGUUGCAGCCAAGAAAGAGGUUACAGCUAUGGUUCACAACGCUGUGAAAAAUGCCCUGGGCAAGCCGGACAUGUACAUCACAGUUGCGCUGACGAAGGCCGAGUGCAUCACUGUUGGAGGGCAGGAGGCAUCGGUGGUCGUUGAAAUCGACUCAAUUGGUGGUGACUUCGGUGCUGUCAUUGGGGCUAUUGCCGAUGGCUUGAAGGCGCAUGGCGUCGAGCCCUCCAAGGUCACAGGAACUUUCCGGGGAGUUUCCUUCAAGGAGUUUGCGAUGAACGGUCGUCCUCUUGGCUGA